CCCUGUUUCUGUUUCAAUAAAAGGGAGAAAAUAUACCAUUCGGCAGCAUCUUGGUUGAUCUGUCACUGAGAACGCGCAUAUGAAUUAUAUCAACGGUGUAGCUUGUUUCAGUCGCUUGACGCAGUGAACCACCUGACAGACUAGAAUUAAUGGCGGAAAUGAAGAGUACCUCAGUAAGUGACAUGACCUCGCUCGCUAGAGCCUUGUCUUCUUCAGGUUCCCACGAAAGGGACCAGAAUGAUGAAUUUCACUCUCAGACUAAUUUUGGUCGAGGCAGUGUGCCGCAUCUCGGCCGAAAAAGAAAGUUGAUGGGUUGCGGAAACGCGGUCCACUCCUGUGAAGAAGUGUGUGUCCUUGUCAUCAACACCGGAGGAACCAUUGGAAUGACACUCAAGGAUGGCGUUCUAGAACCAGAACCUAAUGCUUUUGUGAAAAACCUCAAGAAGCUCAUCAUGUUCCAUGAUGAAGACUACGCCCAGAAGACUAAACUGUACGAUUACUACGAUUUUCCAGAGAGCACGCUGGUCCUGCCAAUGUGUAAAGACAACAAGAGGAUUGUCUACACCAUCUUAGACUACAAUCCCUUGCUGGACUCGUCUAACAUGACCCCGAAAGACUGGGGGACGAUCGGGAAGGACAUCGAGAAAUACUACGAGAAGUACGACGGCUUCGUGGUCCUCCACGGGACCGACACCAUGGCGUACACGUCGUCAGCUCUGUCCUUCAUGUGCGAGCACCAGGGCAAGCCUGUGAUCCUCACCGGCUCCCAGGUGCCGAUCUACGAGAUGAGGAACGACGGCAGAGGGAACCUCAUGGGGGCACUGAUGAUCGCUGGUCAGUUUUACAUUCCUGAGGUGUGUCUUUACUUCAAUAACAAGCUCUACCGAGGGAACCGCAGCACCAAGGUGGACUCUGGAAGAUUCCAUGCCUUCUGCUCUCCCAACCUGGGUCCUCUGGCCGACGUGGAAGUGGACAUCAAAAUAAACUGGGACACGGUGUGGAGGCCCAACACCACUGAGCGCUUCCGGGUCAGACCGGAGGUCAACCGCAACGUGGGUCUCCUCAGGCUGUUCCCCGGCAUCACCACCCAGACCGUGAUCGCCUUCCUCCAGUCACCCCUAGAAGGCGCUGUCCUGGAGACCUACGGCAGCGGAAACGCCCCCGACAACCGUCCAGACCUGCUGGCGGAGCUGAAGAAGGCCACCGAUCGCGGCGUCAUCAUCAUGAACUGCACCCAGUGUCUGAGGGGCACCGUAAACCCAACCUACGCUACCGGCAAGGUCCUGAUGGACGCAGGGCUGAUCCCGGGUCGUGACAUGACCCCCGAGGCGGCCCUCUGCAAGCUGUCCUACGUGCUGGCCCGGACCGAGCUCAGCCUGGAGGACAAGAAGAAGAUGAUGAAGCAGAACCUGCGAGGGGAGAUGAGUGCUGACCUGGCAGGGGCCAAGCUCUCCAUGAGUGACAGUCGCUUCAUCCAGGUCAUCGCCAACACGCUCAGCAUCAGCUGCAAGGAGGAGCUGGAAGCCAUCCGUGACGCCCUCACCCCCCCGUUGGCCUGCGCUGCCUCCAAGAUCGGAGAUAUCGAUGCCUUGAAGGCCAUCCGAGAAAUGGGCAGUGACCUGAGUCUGGUGGACUACGAUGGGCGCAGCCCGCUGCACGUGGCAGCCUGUGAGGGCCACUUGGAGGUGGUGAAGUACCUCCUCGGCCAGGGCGCCUCCGUCCACGCAAGGGACCGCUUCGGGAACACGCCCCUGCGUAACGCCAUGCACUUCAGACACAAGGAGGUGGUGAGGCUGUUGAGGAGGACAGGGGCCCACCUCUCUACUGAUGAGCGGAAGGAAGCAGGAACAGAUCUGUACAGCCUGGCUGCCAGUGGAGACCUGGUGGGGCUGGAGAUGUGGAUGCUGGCCGGGGUGGACCCCUCCACUCCCGGCUACGACAGCCAGACAGCCAUAAGUUUGGCCAAGGCUACAGAGAACCUGGAGAUGAUGAAGCUUCUUUCCCAGAUCCCAGAAUUCGAGUAGUGAGGCCAGGCGUGUCUGCGGAGGUUCCUGAACGCCAAACCUGCGAAGCCUGUUGACCCUGCUGCAGCUAGAAGCCUGCUGGAGUUUCAGCCUGUCUAAGACGCAUUCUUCUGAUUGUUUUCAAUCUAAUUUCCGUCUGCCUCUCUCUUGACUGUGCUGCUGACGGCCUGCUGCCCCCCAUAUCCCUCCACUUCCUCCCCUGUCUGCCCUGGUCCUCAUCCCUCCCUCUCAUCCUCCCUGGUUAUGGCCUGGGUCUGGGUGGUCUGGGAAUCGAACUGGCAACCUUCAGAUUACUAGCUCGAUGCUCUACCCGCUCAGCCACCUGACUCCCGCUCAGCCACCUGACUCAGCCACCUUACUCCUUGAAAGCAACCUUACUGAAACUACCCACAACACUUCCUUCCUCCACUCAGCGAUGCUGCUUGAAAACACUGGUUGUUUCACCGAGCAACUGUUAGAUCGGUGUUCAUUUUAACUACCUUUUUUGGUGUUAUUAAUAUAAUUGAUCCAGGUCAUGGAGUCAGGGAUCUGUUACAUCGAGGCCUGUUCUAACAAUGAAUGUGUUAAGAACUGUUAGUGUUCAUUUGAAUGAAUUAGUAUUUUUGUAACCCAUCGUGAUUUGUGUUUUUAGCUUUAAAAUCACUAGACUUCUUAAAUAAAUGAUUGUC